AUGAAGCUGUUCACUUAUAUACUGGUGGGCCUUGUUCAUUUGGCCAUUGGUGUGAAUGCUAAAAGAGUUUUGAAAGCCUCUUCGUUAGUGACGUGUAUGGAGAAUUCACUGCUAUCUGCCUCAUACUUUGAUGUCAUUUUCAACCCAGAUGAUGGGUCUCUACAUUAUACUUUGGAUUUCACCUCUGAAAUCAGUGAUUAUAUCAUUGCAGAUGUGGAUGUCUAUGCUUAUGGAUUCAAAAUCAUUUCAAGAAAGAUUGAUCUAUGUUCUUUGAACUGGAAACAAUUCUGUCCUUUGUUUCCAGGUAGUGUCGAAGUUGACUCUAUUGAAUACAUUAGUAAAGAAUAUAUCAGUCAAAUUCCAGGUAUCGCAUAUACCGUUCCAGAUAUUGAUGCUUUUGCAAGAGUUAAAAUUGAAGAUAGAAAUGGUACACAAUUAGCUUGUAUCCAAGCUUUCUUCACAAAUGGUAAAACCGUUUCUCAAACAGGUGCUAAAUGGGCCACUGCUGUCAUUGCAGGGUUGGGUCUUUUAACAAGUGCUGUUGCUUCAGCUUUUGGUAAUUCAAAUGCUGCUUCUCAUAUUAGUGCAAAUGCAGUCUCAUUAUUCUUAUACUUCCAAAGUGUUGUUGUCAUUGCAAUGCAACAUGUUGAUGAAGUCCCACCUAUUGCUUCAGCUUGGGCUGAAAAUUUGGCUUGGUCAAUGGGGCUAAUUAGAGUUUCAUUCAUGCAAAAAAUCUUUAGAUGGUAUGUUCAAGCCACUGGUGGUACUCCAACUUUGAAUCUAACCUCCACCACUAUUAAUAUCUUGGUGCAAAGAUCCGUUGAUUAUGUUGGUGCUGUUGCUAAAAGAGGUGUUGAAUUAUUCAAAAGAGAAAAACCAUUAGUGUUGUAUGGUAAUGCAAAUGUCUUGAUAUUCCGUGGUAUCAAAAGAAUUGCUUAUAAUGCUCGUAUUGAAUUAACUAGUGUUGUUUGUACUGGUUUUACAUUCUUUGUUUUAUGUGCUUAUGUUUUGAUUGGAUUAAUUUUAGUUUUCAAAUAUGGUUCAGAAUUGUUUAUUAGAGCUGGUUGGAUGAAAAAUCAUAGAUUUUUAGACUUUAGACAAAAUUGGAAAUCAAUCUUGAAAGGUGUCUUGUCAAGAUAUAUCUAUAUUGGGUUCACUCAAUUAAUUAUUUUGUCAUUAUGGGAAUUUGUUCAAAGAGAUUCACCAGCUGUUAUUGUUUUAGCUGUGUUGUUUUUAAUUUUUGCCUUGGGUAUCUUGCUAUGGACUUGUUUCAGAGUGUUUUCAUUUGCUAGACAAUCUAUCAAACAACACAAGAACCCUGCAGCAAUCUUGUAUGGUGAUCAAAAAUUCUUGGAUAAAUAUGGUUAUUUCUACACCAUGUUUAAUGCUAACAAAUAUUGGUGGGGUAUUGUCUUGUUGGGUCAUUGUUUGAUUAAAGCAAUUUUCAUUGCAUUUUGUCAAGCUUCUGGUAAAACCCAAGCCAUGGUUUUCUGGAUCGUGGAUAUGGCUUACCUUGGUGUUUUAAUUCAUUUCAAACCUUAUCUAAACAGUCCAACAAAUAUUGUCAACAUUUUGAUCCAAUUAGUUACAACUAUCAAUUCAUUCCUAUUUGUUUUCUAUUCAAAUAUUUUUGGCCAACCAGCUGCAGUUGCAUCAAUCAUGGGUUGGGUUUUCUUUAUUUUGAAUGCUGCAUUCACUGUUAUCUUAUUAAUUUUAACAUUAGUUGGUUGUGGUUAUGUCUUAUUCUCCAAGAAUCCAGAUACAAGAUUCAAACCAGCAAGAGAUGAUAGAACUUCAUUCCAAAGAUUUAGUCAUAAUGCUGGUCAAAAGGGCCCAACUGCUGAAUUGAUGGCUUUAGGUUUAACUGCUAAAGAUCAUAGUAUGAAUUGGGAAAAUGAAUUACAAGAUAUGAAAAAAUCAACUUAUUCAUCAACUAAAAAUCCAUCAUCUUCAACAACAGGUGCAGAUGAUGAAGAUAAUACUGUUCCAAUAGCAGAUGAUGAAAAAGAAACAUUCACAGGUAAAGUUGUUCGUAAAUUAACCGGUGGUAGAUCAUUGAAGAGAAAUAAAUCUAAGAAUAAUAAAGAAAAGAGAUUGUUAUCAGAUUCAAGUUAUUUAGGACAUCAUGGUGAUGCUGAUCAUGAUGACCAAGAACCUGAACCUCCAUUACCAAAAGAACAAUUAUCAAAUCUUCAUAGAAAAGAAGAUUCAUUGGCUUCAUUUGGUCACGCUCAAAAUAGAAUUAAUAAUGAUGAUAUAACUUCUACUAAUGAUUUCAUUGGAGGUGGUAAGAACAAUAACAGCCACAAUAAUAGAUACUCACAAAAUGAUGAUUUAAAUGAUUUGGAUGAAGCUGUUCCUUAUACCAAGUUUUAA